AUGCUGGAGUAUCUGAAUAUCUUUCAGAAGUUUUCUGCUGAUUCGAUGCCUAUGAUUUGCAAAAGUAGGAUUGUUGAUCAUAUUUUUGAAUGUACCCUUUUUUUGAUGGAGUCGGAUUAUUUAAGGCAAUGGGGUCAAGUGUCAACUGCUCGAAUGUAUUAUGCGACAAAAUGGUAUGCUGCUGCUGUGUUUACCACUGAAUGGGGAAGAAAGAGAAUUAUGGAUUUGGAAUCCGGAAAGAUUGAAAAAAUUGUAAGAGAUCAAAUGCUUUCUUCAAGAAAAGUUAGAAGUAAGAAAUGUAAGCUACAUAAUCUUAUAGGAAAAAUAUUUGGUCCAUUUUCAUUUAUAAACAUCUCUCAAGGAAGAGAAGAAGUUGAUGAUGAUGGGCAUAACACUAGAAAUCUGGUUGAAGUGGCAGUUUUGAUGAAUAUUGUGCAACGUUUGCACAAAGGUUUGGUAUGGGUUGCUCAAAUUCUUAAUGUGGCUCUUACAUCUGCUCAAAACAUGUACAUAGAUGUUAAGAUUAGAGAUUGCCAAAAGAUUUCUGUGUGUAUAGUAUCUCAAGGUGUAGCACAAGUUAAGGAUAUUGAGAGAAGAAUUGGGAAAAGAUAUGAAAAGCUUUUAAACUUUGAGUUGAAGGUGAAAUUAGUUGAAGGAUUUCAGGAAGGUGGCGAAGCAGAUAUUGUUAUAGUAUCUACUGUAAGAUCCAAUUCUGCUGGAUCUUCUGAGUUCCGCUUAGAUCAUGGAAUGGCUGAUGUUGCUUCGAGUAGGGCCAGGCAUUGCCUCUGGAUACUGGGGAACAAGGAAACCCUUGCUGAAGCAGAUACUUUCUGGAAAGAUAUUAUUUCUGAUGCCAAACUGCACAGCUGUUACUUUAAUGCUGAAGAAGACGAGAAUUUAGCUAAAGUCAUUGUAGAUGUUAAAAGCAAGUUGGAUGAACUUGAAGACUUGCUUGAUAAGGAUAAUAAUAUUUUCAAAGCUUCAGGGUGGAAGGUUGUCUUCAGUGAGAAUUUUGUCAAAUCUUUUGCCAAGCUGCCCUCAAUCUACUCUAAGAAGCUUGUGGUGAAUUUUAUUUUGAAGUUAGCUAAUGGCUGGCGGCCAAAAAAUAAGAACACUGAUCUGGUCUGUGAAAGUGCUGUUAGAAUUGUAAAACAAUUUGAGGUUGAGGGUCGGUAUAUCAUUUGCACAAAUGAUAUAAUCAGGUUACAAGGAUAUGCUACUCAAAUCUUGAAGGUCUGGGAUAUCUUGCAUUUGGAAGAUGUACCAGCAUUAGUCAGUAAACUUGACAUAAUAUAUGGAGCAUUUACUGAUGAAUUCCUUGCAUGCUGCAAAGAAAAAUGUCUCCAGGGGAAGUUGGAACUCCCAAGAAACUUUACUUCAUUUGAUGUUGCACGGUUCAAAGUUGUUAAUAACGCAAAAUCAACAAGUUCUUUGGAUGCUGAUAGUGUUGGAACAAGCUUUUUUGAGAAUGCAAAAGUCAAGGAGAGUUUGCUGCUUAUGAAAUUCUAUCCAUUUUCUGAGGGUGUCUUGAGUCACUUGAUGUCUGCGUAUGAUGGGUUGCUUUUGAAUGUCCCUUUGAGCUUUGUUAACGGAGAAAACUUUGGUGAGGGAUGUGUCUUCAAUGAUGUGAUUGAAAUGGAUGAAUAUGAGAAGUUCAAGGACAUCCCAGAGUCUUUUCAAGAUAUUCCUUUAAAUGCCUUUCCACUUGUGAUAACAUUUAAUAUGUUUUUGCUGAUGCUUGAUAGAAGCUUUGGUUUGUCAUAUUUUGAUAGAUUUACGGAUAUUAGGAAAAUCUGUUAUAUGGAAACUGCAAGUUUCAGACUGGUUGUUCAGGCAGUAAGAAGGAAAGAGGUUACAUUUGAGAAAUUUAGAUCAUCUUAUUGGCCUCAUUUCAACUCCCAGCUCACAAGAAAGCUUGAUCCUUUAAGAGUUUUCACCGAGAUUAAUUCCUGUAUAAAAGGUAGGCUACAUUAUGGGGAGGGUGAUAACAACAAUCUGAGUUUGCAGAGUUAUAUGCAAUUAUCUAAGGCCCGAGUAUCAAAAUUCAGUGAGGAUGAAAGAGAGGUAAUAUAUAAGGUAUUUGGGGACUAUGAGAAAAAGAAGGUUGUACGAGGAGAAUUUGAUUUGGCUGAUCUAGUGAAUGAUCUGCUUUGUCGUUUUAAGUGUGAAAAUUAUGAAGGUGAGCUCAUGGAUUUUGUUUAUAUUGAUGAAGUCCAGGAUCUAACCAUGAAGCAACUUGCCCUCUUCAAGUACAUAUGCAGUAAUGUGGAGGAAGGCUUUGUAUUUGCAGGUGACACUGCGCAGACUAUUGCUAGAGGCAUUGAUUUUAGAUUUGAGGAUAUAAGAAAGCUUUUCUACGAGGAGUUUCUCAAUAAUAUGGAAGUUGUUGGAGAUGAGCAAAAGAAGAUUAAAGGGCUAAUAUCUCCUACCUUUCAACUAAGCCAAAAUUUUCGGACUCAUGCUGGAGUUUUAAAUUUAGCUCAGAGUGUUAUUGACCUUAUCUGGCAUUUUUUUCCCAAUUCUAUUGAUCCCCUUAAACCGGAAACUAGUCUCUUAUGUGGGGAACUUCCAAUACUACUGGAUUGUGAAAAUUGCGAAGAUGCCCUCAUAAAGAUUUUUCAAGACAAAGCAAGUCAAGGUGACAACAGCAAUAGCAUUAGCUUUGGAUCCGAACAGGUGAUAAUGGUCAGAGAUGAUCAUGCGAGAGACAAAGUAGGCAAAUUUGUUGGCAGACAGGCCCUUGUGCUGACAAUCUUUGAGUGCAAAGGCUUGGAGUUUGAGGAUGUGCUGUUGUAUAACUUCUUUGGAUCCUCACCAUUAAGAGAACAGUGGAGAAUUAUUUAUGAAUACGUGGAGGAAAAGCUCUGUGCUUUGAAUUUAGAAACUUAUCCAAGUUUUACAAAUGCAAAGCGUGAUGUUUUGUGUUAUGAGCUAAAGCAAUUGUAUGUAGCCAUUACUCGUACAAGACAAAGGCUUUGGCUAUGUGAAGACAGCGAUAGUUUUUGA